GAUCCUAGUCUGGCCCUCACGAUCUUUAUAACCUCAGCUGCUCGUGAAGGAAAUGCUCGCCAUACGCUGGAACAGCUCGCUCAAGCGAUCCAGAGUUCUGAUCUUGUAUCCUCGCUGGAACCUCUGACCAUCCUUCCACUUCUGAUACCCCAUCCCAGCGACGGUGCCGAUCACCUCAUACGACUGAUAUGCACAGAGUGCAGUGCCAAAGAAGCCACUAUGGCUUCGCAAGAGAUCGUGGAACGUUUAGAAUUGGACCAGGAGCCCGAAGAAGCUGCCGACGACGAGCUUUGGCUAGUCCGUCAGAUCGCUCGAAUCUUGACCAUAUACUCGCUAGCUGUACCGCGUUUGCCUAGGCGCAAGAAAUCCCCUGUUGAACAACUUCGAUCACUGCUCUCCGAACUUCAGUCGGUCAUGUCGCAAACCAUCAGGAGCGCUAGUGGCGCCUCAGGACGCAUGAUUUUGGACUCAACGCACCAACUGGUGGACGAGAUCACACGAUGGGCCAAGUCGGAUGACAAGGAUGUCUUGAUCCCGUUUAUACUCUCGACGAUGGAGUUGUGCUCGAACCGCACAAAUGGUUCUCUAGCACGACAUGCAUUUGAGUCACAGUACCCGCGACUAGUUAUUCCUACCCAAGACGAAGAUACGCCGGAAGAGGAAGACUUUGUAAAGGCCAUCUGGGCGUCCAUGGCAGCUCUCGGACUGACAGUCCAGAACUGCGCCUCGCAACCCUCGUUGGGAUCCAUGAUACUUCUAGCACACUUCCAGAACUACAAAUUCGACACACCAGCCCUGAUCUCGUUCUUCCCUGUAAUCCUGAUGUCACUUCAAGCUAACACGGCCCUGGACGAGGUGCUAUCAGUGCUCAUCAAUGCUAUUGUUCCCCUAGUCUCGCAGGUGCCGCGCCCCGAGUUCCCUCCAGACCUCAUUGUCCCCCUCGCGCAUGUCCUUCCCCCUCUAGCCAGCGUACACCCGGAUCCCGGUAUACGCCACUACACCUUCCGCGUGCUAUCCGCUGCCCUCGCACUCGCACCUUCACCUGUCCGGGUACAACUCCUGCAGGGCCUCCUAACAGACGAUGACUCCUCUCCGCAAAUGCGCGUAGCCUCCGUAGGUCUAGUCAAAGAAGCUUUACUCGAGGCGCUGGCUGCACCACCAGGAUCCGCCGAAGCUCAGAGGAACGUGUUUGCCUCGCCCGCGUUCCUGAAGGCCUUUGGACCUAUCAUCUUGCGCCCAGAUCCGCCUGACUUGUUUGCCCCUGGAAAUACACUGGAGCUAGACGAGUUUCUGAACACCAAGGAGCCCCUGAGAUUGGUGGAAUGCUUGUCCUUAUACUACGUUCUCCUGAUGAGAGAUGUCCGUAACCGGACUGGGAUCAGAGACAAGGAUAACUUGAGAAACGCGACGCGCACGCUAGUGGAUCCUCUGAAGGCGCAGUUGAGUCGAUGGGGCUACGUAUCAGGUUCUACUGCAUCUAGCGGAGAUGGCCAUGAUGCUGGCAUGCAGUUGGCGAUAUUGGACAUGUGGCUGGAUCGUGUAAGUAGCUCCGUUGAGGAGAUACGACAGCAAUAG